AUGGGUUGUAUCGCACCAAGGCCAGAUUGGGUAGCUAAUCGACUAGGGAACGGGAGGCUCUCUCACAUGCUCUCAAACUAUUGGCCGGUCCGAGCUUUCAAUAUUGCUAUGAAUGGAGGCUUCCCUAAAGCCGAUCGUAGUCUAUCCACCGAAUUUGGAGAUACCGAUAAUCUCAUUGGCGCGUCACAAGAUCUCAAGAAAGUAACUUCAGCCGUAAAACCAGAUGACCUCAGUGCACAAUCACUCAAAACUAAACACCUGACAUUAUCAAUCUUAACAGCUCCUUUAUCUCCGGAAAGAUAUAAUGCUACUUUAGGUCGCGACAUUGAAGGAGAGCAAUCGGGGUUGGAGAAAUUGUCGGCGGGUGUGCAUCAAGAUUCGCAAGAAGAAUACUGCAUGACGAGAGAGGGAGCGAUGAGAAAGACGAGGGGGUCAAAAUUUACCAAUUUGUUUUAA